ACCGUAACUCUCAAAACCUGGGAAACGGACGGCCCUUUCAUUAUUGUCCGACGCCAAGAAAUUUCCCCGAUCUUUGUUUGUUCUCGUGUCUUUCUUAACGUUGGGAUUCUGGGCUUCUCUUGCUGUUUCCUGAACGCAUAAGUUCCCACUUUGCCUCCGUAACUGAUCAACUCAAUUCCCUGAAAAAAUCCAGGGUUACUUCUUGGCACCAAAUUACUGCAGAACUUUUUUUUUCUUGGGUUUUUAACCAGAAUUUCAUUUCUCCGGGGAUCUUGAGCUCUUCAAAUUUUAAUGGUUUCCCGUACAAUUCCUUCAUGGACCUUAAUUGGUCUUGUUAGAGCCUUUCUUGACCUUGCUGUAGCUUAUUUCCUUCUAUGUGGAUCAACCUUGGGGUUUUUUCCAUGGAAAUUUUAUCAUGUUUUUGGAUUUCACUUGCCGUGUCCUUGUUCUGGGUUUUUUGGGUACAAAAAUAGCAACCUCUGCUGGCAUAAGCUGCUCAUUCAAUGGCCAAGAAGAAAGAUUUAUUCUGUUCAAAAGCUGGCUUUGAAUAGGUUCCCUUUUAACUUAGUUUGGUUCAACGAUCAAGAGUGGAAUUCAAAUGCCAAGUUCAUUACGGAAGGAAAAUUUGGCGGUGGGGUUAUUGAAUUGGAGGGAGAAGCAUGUUCUAGUUCACUUUCAGAUUUAAGAUUGCAAACUAUGGUGGAUAAAGAGACUGGAUAUGAUGCCAAGGGAAAGAAAAUUAUAAAUCAGAAGCAGAAGUCUGGAAUUCGACGACGUAGGAGAUCUGCUUUUGGUUAUGGAAAAUCCUCUCCUGUAUUGUUAUCUGGUAAUUUCCCAUCAGCUGCUGCAGUUGUUUCAUGUUCCUCUUAUUUUAAUGGUGGUGAAACAAGAAGUGAAAUUAGUGAAUUGAGCAAUGGAGAGGGAAAAGGUUCAAGUUUUAUAAGAAAAUUCACUUGUAACGCUAAUGAAAAGUUAAUUAUUACUGGAGAUGAAGCAAAUCGGAUCACAAUGUUGGAACAAGCUCUUGAAGAAGAAAAAGCUACACAUGCUGCUCUCUACCUGGAGUUGGAGAAAGAAAGGGCUGCUGCUGCUUCUGCUGCUGAUGAAGCCAUGGCAAUGAUUUCGCGUCUGCAAGAGGAUAAGGCAUCAAUAGAAAUGGAAGCAAGGCAAUAUCAAAGGAUGAUAGAAGAAAAAUUUGCUUAUGAUGAAGAAGAGAUGAUCAUUCUAAAAGAGAUCAUUGUUAGGAGGGAGAAGGAGAAUCACCUUUUGGAGAAAGAAGUUGAAGCUUACAGGCAGAUGAAUACUCUAGGAGAUGAGCAAAAUUGUGAUUUGAGUUAUACUUUGGGGAAAAGGCCUUCAGUUUCACUUGGUUUAUAUGAAGAUCCGCUGAUAAUCGUGAAUCAGAUUGGGAAUGGUGGAUCCACUGGAAAGAAGGAAGUGGGAAAACGCUCUGGUUGGCCUUCAAAAAAUGAAACUUCAUCAGCCUGGAAACAAAGUCAUACUGCGGCUGUUAAUUUAGCAAGGAAACGAGAGGGACAAGAUGAUGAUGCCAUAAUAUGCCAAGCAAUAGCAACCAAAACUGCCCAAAAUUUCGGUGGCAUUGAGAAAACUUCUUUAUGUGCAGAAGGGCUCAAGAGAAAUACGGAAUUUGGAAAGCCACUAGGCAGCAAUCUGCAUGAUUCCACACUUGAUAUGGAACCAGCUAUUUAUGAUGUCCAUGUUGUUGAUGAUAAAAUAGACAUUCCAAAGGAGGAGAAUAGAAAAGAAAACAACCUGCCAACUUUUUCUGCUUCAGAUCACAUAACCUUGCUAUAUGACUUGGGGAAUAGUUCUUCUGCAGUCAGUAAUGAGAGGUUGAAGAUUGACACUGAAAUUGAACACCUUAGGGACAGGUUACGAAUAGUGCCAGGAGAAAAAGAGAAGUCGACUUUCUAUGCAGAUCAGACGGAAAGGGUAGAUACCCUAUUGAAACUCAUUGAGGAGCUGGUGAAUCAGCUUCAAGAAUUUCAGCAGCUAAAGGAGCGUGUUCGAUUGACUUCUUCACCUCCGUCAGCUUCAUCUUCUAAGGUCAGCUUCAACAGGAGACGCUGCCGGAGUGCAUCAGAAGAAAUCGAUGAUAGCAGCGCCUAAGCCAUGUACAGUAGUUCCCAAAUGUUGGAAAAAUCUUCCUUUCUGCUCGUAGGCUUGUUUCCACUCCCUUCUUAGAUAUAAAUUUGUUGAUCAAAUCUGUGAAGUCCAUAGAAGUUAGUUUGAUGUCCGCUGCCUGUUGAAAAAUUGUAUGUAAACCUUGUAAUGUUUUGGUCUCAAUCAAAUUAGAUUAGCUUCAUAUUGUCUCCAUGCGUGGAUCCAAUGUUGGUCACCUAUAAAUAAAUAAAUAAAUACAUGAAUUAUCAAAGCCAUUUGUCAUCAUUCUUUUCUUCGAGU